UUCAGACUACGUUUAUAGCAACAUGAAUUUACAUCGAAAUGGCAGACACAUUACUUCUUCGAGCUCUGAAGGGGCAACCAAAAUCUCUUAAUCUGUCGAGUAAAGGGAUCAACCAAGUACCCAGAGUCAUUGGGAAGCUUAGUAGUGUGAAUAGUCUCCAGCUUAAAAACAAUAAAAUAGCUGAUCUUCCAAGAGAAAUAAGUGGUUUGAUAAAGUUGACCGUCCUAAAUCUUGGUAAUAACUGCCUGGAGGAACUGCCCGAGCCACUUGCCACGCUACACUCCCUGGAGAAACUCCAUCUCUUUGGCAACCAGAUCAAAACAAUUGAUGCCAAGAUUAUUGGUGAUCUUCGAAAUCUGACUUUUCUGAAUUUGAACAACAACCAAAUCAAGACCGUUCCUUCAGCAAUCAACAGAUUAGUGAAUCUCCAGUACCUAAGCCUGGAUGGGAACCAGUUGACCAAUCUCCCCUCCGAGUUGUGUGCGCUCAGCAAGCUGACGGAGCUGCACGUUGCCGGGAACCAGCUGACUGCCCUGCCGCUGGAGAUCGGGUUCCUGGUCAAGCUUAGCCGGUUACACUUGCAGAAGAACAAGAUUAAGGAGCUCCCCGAGGGAUUAGGGAAGCUGAUCCACUUGGAGAUCAUUGACGCUGCUGCCAAUGAGAUUAGGAUUUUCCCCACUGAAUUGCACAAGCUUCCCUUGAAGGAGAUGUACUGUGAGGAGAACCCACUGCUAGAUGCUCUACCCGUCCACUCCAUACAAGAGGAGGAGAUCCUAACACUGAAGGAAAUCACUGCAAGAUACAUCAUGAAGCAGCUUAAAGACAGGUGGUCCUACAUGCGCCGGGCUAUACGCCACUACCCGAACAUCCGAGAUAUGCUGGCCCAGGCGAGCAAGUGCGCCCUCUGUGGUGCGUCGUUCCUCAACACGUGGCUGGAGUGCGUGCGGUUCGUGGACGGACACAAAGACCUCAAGCUUAGCAAUUCUCCAGGACGUGUUCCCAUCCGAGCUCUGCUCUGUUCCUACAAGUGCUUCAACACCCCAGGCCAUGAGUUCUACGGCAUCGCAUUCCCUUGACAUCAUUUUACUUGACUUCCAACAAAACAAAGUCCGUCCUAUUUUCUUUUCUUGGUGCCCUACAAGCUUGGAGUGGCUAAGUUUAUUUUGGGAAGUACUCUCUUCUCGGAUUCUUUAGGUUGGGGAUUUUAUCACAAUUUGGUUUGGCUGACGCAAAAUGUAGAGCAUAAUUUCAAUUCCAAUCACAUAAUUGGUUGGAUUUUUGGGGGGAUUUUUUUUUUGAGCCACCCAAGCACAUGCCAGAACAAGAAAUUUUGUGAUCAUUGUGCAAGUACCCCCUCGCUCGGUUACAGAGGGAGAGUUGGGGGAGACCACUGGGAGGGACAUUCAAACGCAUUGACACCUGCACGCCCGAGGCUCACUUGAAGAAAUGCACAUGCAAAAUUAACUAUGUCGUGCGUACUUCGUGCCAUACACGUGCAAAUCAGCACACGCAGUGUCCCUCCCACUCACAAAGCCCCAUCGCUUGGUCAUGCACGCCCCAUCGCCCCAGACAUGGUGGUCAAAAAAAGUGUAGACUUUUUCAGAGGCAGGUUUCUUAUAAAUUAUU